AUGGUCACUACUACAACUACAUCAACUAUUACAAGUGAUACUACCAAUACAUUCAUUAAUCCACUACCACCAACUGAACAUAAGGAUAUACUUUCAAAUACUUCAUUCGCUAAUCAGCAACAACACCCACAGCCUUCAAAGCAAGAUAUUAUCAAUAAUUUAAUAGAACUAGCCAAACAAGAACAAGCCAAAGGUAAUACAUCCAUCACGUCAGAUAAAUUAGAUAAACUUCAAAGUAUACUACAGAAUAAAACCAACAAUAGAACCCUCUCACCAAAGAGUAGUUAUAAUUUUGACAAGUUUCAACAAUUUAAACAAGUUCCUACUACCAAAGAAGCUAGUCCGAGGGUAAAACCUAAAUAUCCUCCUAUUUUUGAUAAAUUUGAUAUUGACAAAACAGUAUCAAAGCAGGAAUCAUUGUCAGAAAAAGAUCUCACCGCAUCAAGAUCAACGAAGAAGUCUAAGAAAAGGGGAGGCAAGUUUUUCCAAGCUAAAAAGUUUACGUUCAAACAGUUGGAAUUUAUGUUUAUAAAUUUCCUUGAAACCAUAGCCAAUUUAUUGGAUAAUUUACAUUUACUUUCAAAUAUGCCAAUGUUUCCACAAGUUCUAACUAAGUUGUUAAAACAAACUAAUAAACUAUGGGUGUUAAUCCUUGUAUUUUUGAUAAGGAAAACCAUUUCACAACUAUUAAAUGUUAUACGCAAGAUUAGAAAAGUUCAUAUCGAACUAAACAUUGUCAACAAUUCCAGCAAAAGUGAGCUUUCAAAACCAGUUAAUGAGGAUAUUAAUCGUAAAUACAACAAGAUUUUAAAAGAUUUGAAAUUUGAUAAAAUGAUGCUUAUAUUUGAAUUAGUGGGUAAUUUUCUUGAUUUGGUGUUCAAUUUGAUUGAAUUGAGCGAAAUAAAUGUACCCAAUUGGAUAAUGAGUGGGUUGAAUGUUGCUAGUAUGGGUAUGACUAUUUACAGAAUGAAUAAAGAUGAUGAAUAUAUCGAUGAUGAUAUUACUGAGGAUUUGAUAUAA